CCUGACCCAUCUUGACCCCAAGUCCCCCAUCCGGCUUGUGAAGCCAUGGCACGCCGUGUGCGCGCCGAAGCCAAGUCGUUGCGCCGUUGCGCAUGGGCGCUGUCAGCCGAUGGCAUUUCAAGAGCAUCGGUCUUGAGACCGCAAAUCACAGAAACAGAACUGGAAGUGGUGCCUGACCGGCCAACAGUCGAUGCUGCGCCGGCGCCUCCCGAGCUGCCCCAAGCGCCUCCAGAACCGCCAUCGCCGGGUCCGGCCCCGGAGCUUUGCGCACCUGAGGAACCAGGAACCAUGGACGCCGCAGAUCCACCAGCAACGACGGUGCUGCCGCUGUUCGCCCAAGCUCCACCGGGUGCGCAGAUGGAAAGCGUCAUGGUGAACGCCUUUGCGAUGGUGAAUCCACCACCACCUUGGAAUGCUCUUGCAGAAUGUCGUCAGCAAGCUGAACGUUUGGCUGAGUUGGAAAGCGAAGUCCUGGAGGAAUGCCGGGCGCGGCAGGACAGACUCUUCCGCGCGGAAUUGCAGGAGAAGCAGGAUGAACAUGAAAAGCGCUGGAAGCACUGCGAGAGAGACUUCGAAGCCCAGAUCGCCCUGUUGGAGCGGCGGGUGAUGGAGACCCGACUCGCCAAUCAGGAGGCCGAGAUGCAGAUGCAGCAGGAUGCCCGGCUUCGUCAUCAGGUGGUGCAGGAACGUUGCAACGUCCUGGCCACCAAGCUGGCGGAAGAACAAGCGGAGUUCAAUACGAAGCACUUCCAGGUGGAGCAGACAGUUUCAAGUCUCCAAGCCGAGCUCUUGCAGUCACAAAAGGAGAUGGAGGCCGUCAAGCUUCAGGAACGGUCGCUGUCCAGCUGCCUCCACGAAGAGCUCAGCGCUGAGGCGCGCUGCGCCCACUUCGUCGCGGUGGAGGAGGAGAGCCGAAAGGCGCAGGAGGCCUUGUUGGGCCAGCAGCUACAGCAUCGAGAAGCCAUGACCAGCUGUCAAGAACAACGUUUUGAGAUGGAAGAGAGAUUGCAUCACUCCGAGCACUUGCAGCAAAUGGCCAGGCACCUUAGUGAGACAGAGGAAGAGGUGGCGCAGCGGGCGCAGGGGCACGAACGGCAGACGCAGGAGAAGCUGCAAGAGGUCCAACUGGAGAAGCAGGACUUGGCGUCUUCUGUCAGAGUGCUCACUGCAGAAGUCCAGGCAUCCCAAGAACAGGUUUCCUGGGAGCAUGAGCAGUGGCAGAUGCUGAAGUUGGAAGUGAAGGAAGCGCGAGCAAAGCAGGAAGGACUGCUCGUUGAGGUGCAGGCUGCUCGAGACUUUGCAACAGAGGCGACCAACAGGGCUGAAGCAGAACAACGUGAACGCUUGCGAGACCUCCGGGAUUUCCAGCGGAUUCUGCGACAGCACCAGGAACGCUUGGACCUGCAGCAGCGGAAAGAGAUAUGGGCAGAACUGCAAAAGGCAGUGACUGGGACCAGUGAAGAGCUGAUGGACUUUGAGUUCCCGUGUGAUGAACAGCUCGAAGGCUUGAAGCCAGACUGAGCGCUGUGCCUGCGCUUGGGUUCCAUGCCACCGGCACAAGAUCGGCAGCUGGAAAACAGGAUGCUGAAUGAUCCUGAAACUGCGGGGAAAAUCAGAUCCCAGCAGCUCCAACCCAG